CUAGCUCCUACGCUUCUGCCUUCAUUUUAAAUGUUCCCGAAACCAAAUUUCUCCUUUUUCCUUAAACUCCCCCGCACGAACCGAUUGAUUAGAGCGAGAUAAGGAGAGCGAGAGGCUCCAAAAAGUUCGAGAGUUCUCGCUUCUACGCUUCUGCCUUCAUUUUAAAUGUUCCCGAAACCAAAUUUCUCCUUUUUCCUUAAACUCCCCCGCACGAACCGAUUGAUUAGAGCGAGAUAAGGAGAGCGAGAGGCGCCAAAAAGUUCGAGAGUUCUCGCUUCUUCGGUUUGCUGUUCUCCUUUUUCCCUUUUCGGUUAGUGGAUGGAGAGGUUGGGAUCGGCACCGGCGACAACGCCGGAGGAGGUGAAGUAUGUCAGCUGGGAGGAGGUGAAUGUGAGGAGAGAUACAGGGAGGGCAGAGGUUCGAUAUUACCUGAGGCGUAACGACGGAGGUACGGAUCUGGCUGUCGUUGGCAAAGAUAGAAGAGCUUGAGGCAUAUUUCUUACCGCUACGGCAACCGGAUUCGUUCCCUUUCCGUUUCUAUGGGUCCGCUGUUGAAGCUCGGGACCAGGCGUGAGGUUGUGGAUUGGCUCAACUCGAUUGUUUCAGGGAUGCUUAUUCAAUUUUAAAGAGCUGGUUGAGAGCAUCGGAUCCUCAUGCCCUCAGUAACUAGAUUCAUCGCAGCAACAGUCAUAUGUAUCAGCAAGAUCUCUUAGCAGCAGUUAUGCCUGUGAAUCAGAUGUUUUGAAUAUCGAGGGUCCUCAAUCUCUGAAAAUCAGACAUGUUACUAGAUCAUUUUCGUGGAUGGGCUCCCCUUGGAUGUGCCGGAGAAAAAGAAAACACUUUCCAUCUUUCCAUAGAAAUGGUGUUAAAAUUUCUGUGUAUGAUUUUGUGUACGUUCUAGAUGAGGAAGGAAAAAGACUUGUUGCAUACUUGGAAGAUAUGUAUGAAGAUUCAAAUGGCAGUAAGAUGGUUGUGGUACGAUGGUUUCACAAAAUUGAUGAGUCCUCAGCACUUCCAGAAGUUCCAGAGUGUGGCAGCACAUACUAGGAUGAACCCGAUCGUAUGCUACCAUCUGUUUGAAGAUGAUGAAGUAAAGCCCUUCAAUGUCACUAGAGUGAAAGGCUACUGGAACCAAGAAAUAGUGAAGCAUAUGUACCCUGUAUCUGGUUACAAAAAAGAUCAGGCAGAUUUGCAGCAGUUUGGUCACGAUGAUGAGGUCAGGCCUACAAAGAGGCAUUGUCGAUCCAGAGGUGAUAGUUUGCAUGCCCUUGAUCAACUGCAAACAGUUAAGGAUAAGCACGACUUAUGUGGUAGUUUGCCCGACAGCAAAGUAGUCGAGUCCUGUCCUCCUGUUCGGGGAGGACAAACCGUUGCAUUGUUAUCCAAGACUGAGGUCAAGGCGAACCCUCAUCAGCAUCUGAAGGUUGGCCAUGAAGUUGAAGUGCUCACACAGGAUAGUGGAAUUCGAGGAUGCUGGUUUAGGGCUAGAAUAAUUAAGAAGCAUAAGGAUAAAGUUAAAGUGAGGUAUGAUGAUAUUCAAGUUGCAUCUGAUGAAGCCAAAAAACUGGAGGAGUGGAUGCUGGCAUCUCGAGUUGCUAAUCCUGACAAGUUGGGCAUCCGGAUAUCUGGAAGGAUAACUGUCCGUCCUGCCCCCGAGUUGGAUAAAGAUUGCCUGUUUGACGUCAAACCCGGAGCUGCUGUUGAUGUGUGGUGGCAUGAUGGCUGGUGGGAAGGGAUUGUUGUUGAAAUGGAAUCUGAGCAGACAGUUCGUGUUCAUUUCCCAGGAGAGAAUAAGGAAGCAGUGUUUGUUCGUUCCGACUUGAGACAGUCUCAAGAAUGGUUAGGGAAAGGUUGGAUAAAACUCGAGGCAAGGCCUGAGAUUAUGGAUUCUAUUCCAUCUCGGUCAUUAAGCAAGCCUAUAGUGAGCCAACAAGUUGCUAGUAAGUUGGCUCAUCCUACAAUUUCUGAUCCGAUGCAUCAUCCCAGGAAAGUUGAAACCAACAGCAGUGGCAAGUUAAGAAGCGACCAUGAUAGAAAUGAAGAAUUGCAGAAAGUGGUUUUGGAUCUGUCAAAAGAUGAUUUUCUGACCCAACUCAGAUGGAAAUCCUCAAGGAAGAGAAGACGUGGUCCUGAUGGUGGUGGAACACCUGCAUCUGACCUGAAUAUCAACCAGAAGAACAAGAGCAGCAAAAUGAGUCAUCUAAACAUCCCCGGACCAGAUGCCAGACUUCUGAUUUCUAAUGCGUUGGGCAUUGACCAUGGCAACUGCAAGUACACGAGAGAUUUGCUGUUUGCAUCCUCUGCUGUACAGCCUUUAACAAGCUUAGUGAUGUCAAGAUGA